UUUCGUGUUAUUUAGGUUUCGAGUUCUUUACGAAAUUCCUAGAGUGGAAAUGGAGUCUACUUGGAAAUAGUCUAUGUUUGCAUCAUGCUCACUCCUUGAACUAAUAAUUGCUAAUGUGGUUGUGUUAUAGCGAUACGUUAUUUGCUGUCUCUUUUAAUGAUGUUUUAGUUGAGAUAUUACAGUACUAAUACCAGUAGUCACUACGUUUCAAUUUUUUUUUAUAGGAACCAAUUCUAUUUAAAGGAAUAAUGUAUUGUAUCAACAUUUGCAGGGCGGAAUUAUUUUUGUCUCAUCUUUAUUGAUGUUUUGAGUUUGUAACAAAAUUCCAAUAGUGGGAAUCAAAUCUACUUGAAAAGCGUCUGUGUUUGCACGUAUACACUUCUUGAAUUAGUAUCUGGUGACGUGGCGUGUAUUAGUGAUACUUUAUGUGCUUUGUCUUAUAAUGAAAUUUUAUUGAGAUAUUACAGUAGUUUGACUAGAUACACUAAAAUUGUAGUAGAUUUUAUCGUCGAAGAACAUUCAUAGGAAACUGGGAAAGCUUUUUUUUCUUUGGAUAUAAUGCAUCUGCUCGGGAUCUGCAGGUUUUCUGGUUUUAAAUUAAAAAAUAAAUAUAAUGGGAAAGAACAUGGAUGUUAGGACCCCUGAUGUCCUUAAUCUUUUUUUUUUUCUUAACAGGGUCUUUACUGCCAAUUAAGAAAUAAUAUUCAGUCUAGUUUUAGAAAUAUCUGACAUUGGUGAACAGCUGCACAGAAAAGGUUUGCAUUUAGUAAGUAAAUUUCGGGUUGGGUGGCCUUUGAGUGGAUAGGUUUUCAUUCAACUUACAAAAAUGAUAUUUAUAAUUUGGUUUGUUUUGGAUCUCAUUACUGCUCCUUUAGUGCCCUAGUAUAAAUUAUUUAUGUGGCCUUGCCUAUGAUCAUAAUUUGUUUUCUGUGGAGGCACCUGCUGUCAAGUAGCUUCAAAAUUCGUUUCAGCAUGAUGGGAAAUUUUCAUAGUAUUCAUCUUUGGGAAUAGCACGCUCAUCUUCAUUUGCAACCAAAUGAGAGAUGGAUGCAAGUUAUCUUUAUCCACAAUUAGCACAUGGUUUAAGAUCAAAAUUUGUUGGAGGGAAGCAAGGCCCUGUUUACCCAAGCUUUCCCCUCUCAACCACCUCUGGGUCAGGCCAAACAGAUGCUGGAAAUUCUUUUAUGGGUCUACCUUAUGGUUCUCCAUCCUCGUUACGGUAUGAUUUUCAGAAUAUGUCUGAACGCAAGCUUGGCAUGUCAUCUGGUGAUUCUACUGAUGCUAUUGGGAAUUCUGUUGUUGAUUCUAUAGAAAGUGGAACCUUCCGGACAUCUGGAGUGGGGUUGAUAACAGAAAAUUUGAUUAACUGUAACCUGCAAAGUUGGGUGAAUAAUUUUCCUGAGAUUUCUUCUAGAGCAAUGGUUGGUUUGAAUAAUAGUAGUAAUUUUGUCUUCCAUAAUAUUUGGGGCAGCAAUACUGCUACUCAGCACACAGUUCCUUGUGGUACAAAAGCGGCAGAAUCUUUUUCUUUUCCAGAAUGGGGCUCACCUAAGUAUGCAACUCCUUAUAUGAGUGGGUGUCCUCGUGUGUUCUGCAUGGGAAAAAGUGGCCAUCUUCUUCUUAGCCAUACAGGGCUUCUUGGUGUUGUGUGCUCAUGCCAUUGUUCCCACAUGUCUGUUCUUAAGUUUUGCGAGCACUCGGGUUUACAUGGUGGUGACCCAGGGGAUGCUGUUUGUAUGGAGAGUGGGGAGACCAUUGCACAAUGGCGGAAGCUUUACUUCUUGAAGUUUGGGAUUAGGUCUCUGGGGAAUGAGAAUGGAUGGGACUGGCCAGAAGUAUUAUCAACAACAGGCAGUCCGAUGAAAUCCAAUGCAUCCGUGUUUGAUAUGUCCAAGACUAAUUUGUCUCAUAUUUUUAGUUCAUCUGCAGUCAUGUCAAGGUCUGGAAAGUCUUCUGACUAUGUCAUGUUUCCAAAUAAUGCUCAUAUGGACAACAAUUUAUUUAUUGGUACAUUGUCCAGAAAACAAGCAACAACAAUCCAGGAUGGUUGCAACAUUCCACUCAAAGGUUUUACUGGUAUUUCACAAAACAGCUUUGUUGAUUUGUUGAAAAGCCAGUUAAUGGAAUCUAAUCUGGCUAUGUACACAACUGCACCAAAUUUUGGUGGAACUCAGCUGGAUGAUGGUUGUCACCCUAUACCUCCUUUCUUGGAUUCUCUGAAAAGGAAAGUAAGUUUGUCAACGGUCCACUCACCUUUGCAAACACCAACAAACCUUUUGAAAGACCAUGAUUGCAUAAAACCAAAAGCAAAUGGUCUUGUAGGCAGAGAUGCGGCUUCAUCUAAUGUUGACCUUAGGCUUGGUCAACCACCUCAGACGGGAAACCCACUUCCAUCAUUUGUAGAACCACUGCAGUUUAAUGCCCUUGCCAGUACACCAAAAUUGCAACCUCAGAAGCAGAUGAUUAAUAAUGCAGACCUCAGCAGGGAGGAGGGAUUACAGAAUAAUUUUAGCUAUUCUGCUGCUUCAUUCAAAUUGGUUGAAGAAUUGCCUCAGCUUAAACCCAAGAACUAUAUGUCAGCUGUGGGUAAGGCUUCUGUUAAAGCUAGAUCAGAAACACAAAAUGUGGCCAAGGGUGUAUCAUUUUCACCAUUUUUGCAAGUUGAUGUACCUGGAAGAAAGACACAAGCUAGUGAAAAUUUGUGGGCUGAUGACAGCCAUAACAUGCCUAAGAAAAUGUAUUCUGAUUAUGGUCUCACAGGAAGGCAAUCGAAAAAUAAAUCUGUCGUAGGGACCAAUAAAUAUUUGGAAAAUAAUAUAGGGGUGAGCUUUGCCAAAGAUUCUGGUGGCAAAAGAAAUCCGGGAUUUGGAAUUGGUCAGUUAAUGAAAUAUCCAAGCUCCAUGAUGAGAUCUGUUGGUGGUUAUGAUAGUUGUAUUUCAGUUGUUAAUGAAAAGAUGUAUGAACCAAAUUUUGAAUCUACCUUGCCAUCAGAUACAUCGGUGCGGGCAAAUAUUUUGCAUGGUUCACACAAUACGUCUUCUCAUGGGCUAGAAAAUUAUGUGAUGAAUACUCAGACCUCCAUUCCAUUUAAAGAGAUUUUGAAAGGCAAUCCCUGUCAUGUUUCAGUUUCUGUGUCAAAUCAGACUCCGACUUUGCCACAGCAGCAGGCCAUUAAUAGGGAUGCUUAUUUUGUUGAUGAAAACACGAGGUUGCUUGCUGUGACACAGAUACCAGAGUUAUCUAAGCAAUAUCAUGCAUUGCAUUUUAAUAUGAAUCAGAAGCAAGGGGGAUCCAGCAGUAUUUUGAAAUUUCAGCAUUAUACUUGUGAGGCUUCAACAUCUGAACAGGGAACCUCUUGUGCAACAUUGAAAUUGCCUCAAAAUAGGUCGAUAUUUGGGAAUCAUGAGAAUACUGUUGGUUUAGAGAAGUUGCCUUCCCUCACAGGUAUGAACGGAUAUUAUCAUUUGUCUGACCUGUCACCAACACCUUUACAUUCUAAAGAAAAGGAAUCACAAUGUAAACAUUCUUAUGAUCUUCAAAACGAAGAGACUUCUUUAAGCCUUGGUAUAAACAAAGACAAUAUCAGAUCUAGUGCAUGUGAAAAAUACUCCGAGCAAUCACCAAAUAUAUGUUUGGAAGGCAAGUAUCCUUGUCCUGCUCUGAUAAACUGUUGCCGAAGCAACUUUUCCUCAGGGAUUGAACCCCUUCGUAAGAACCUAGGGCAACAACUUGCUGAUGUCAGUGGUGAAACUUCUUUGAAGAUGCCUUCAGAUUUGUUUAGAAAUCUGAAUACUUCGAACAAUGGAAAUAUCCACUUUGAGCAAGGUGGGCAUGCUCCUCAAUGGAGAGAUGUGCCCAGUAAGGUCAGGAAAGCAGUUUGUGAUGCGACAUCUUUAGAUCAAACAUUUAAUGGUUUCGAUAAGGAAGCACGAGAUGGUUUUCAACUUGGAAACAUUUCCACAAAACGCUCCAAAAUAACCACUGAUAUGGGAGACCUGUCAGAAGAGAAAGAAAAUUCUAAUGUUUCUUCUGGAUGCUCUGCUCCUGUGAUUACUCAGGCAUCUGUGAUGGUGAACAAAAUUGAUUACUGUACUGAUGAAGCUAUAGACACUGGCGUUGUCAACAAGCUCGAAGUCGAUGAAGGGUCAGGUAUUGAUCAAGGCUGCAUGUCAGAUUUGGUUGAAAGUGAAAGAACCGGUGAGUCUCUAGGCUUGAUCUCUGGGAAUUAUUUGAAAAAUGGUUGUUCGAGAGUGUUGAAUGAUGAAUCAUGUUGCGAUCUACUUGAUGAUCUUAAACUGUUAGAUUCCUUGAUAUGGAAGAAAGAAAGGAAUCAAAAUCAUUUUGUGCUUUCUGCUAAUUGUAAAACCAAUCAAUCUCAAAAAGUCAAGAGGGGCAUCAAUGGAAGAAAGCGAAAGAGAAAUGUGGUGAAGAUUCUAGAUGCUUCACUAUCUUCUGAAUUCCCUUCCUUGUUGCACAAUAAGAAUAAUGAAGAUGCUGAGAUUUUUAAUUCCUCUUCUAGUUUGUCAAAAGAAAUGCAAAUUUCUCUGCCUAGCCUGCAGAAAUCAUUUAACAAGUCUUCCUUUGUUCAAUCUUGUAACACACGUAUACAGUCCGCAUUUGCAUCUAAAUUUGUUUCCUGUAAGAAUCGUCUGAGCAAGCAUCUCAUUCAUAAAGUUUCCUAUGAGUCUCUAUCAGAUUCUGAUGCUGAGUUUCACUCACUGCCUGUAUUUUCUGGAACAAAGAGAUUGAGAAAGAAUCUCACUUCUGAUUUUGAGCAGUUUCAUAUACAAGAACCAUCCUAUGAGGAACCUGAAAAUGGUAAGUUGAGGCCAUUCUUAUGCAGAAAGGAAAAUGAUCAUAGAACAAGGCCAGUAGUAUGUGGAAAACAUGGUGAAAUUUGUAAAGAACAUUUGGCUAAAGAGGUGCAAAAGCCUGCAAAAAUUGUAUCCCUCAAGAAGGUCCUUAAGUCUUCCAAAAGGUGUAUGAGCCACACAAAUGGAAAACCUAGACUAACUUCAAAAAAGCAAUGGAAGAAAUUGAGCAUUGGAACAGAUAGUGGGUCCUGCUGUGGGAACCAUGGUUUAAAAAUUAAAGAACACGGUGAAACACAAACUACAAUAAUUUAUAAUAAAGCAAAUGUUGAUAUGUCCCUGGAAGACUUGGAGAGAGGUGGCAAGCAAGAUGCUAAAGCUAAAGCUAAGCAGGGUGUUAGGGUUGGAAAUAGAGAAAAUGUUCGAUUGAAGGUGAAGAACAAGGACAUUCGAAAACACCGCAGCAUUAAUGAGCUCACUGCUAAAGAAACCAAAGUGACGGAUAUGAUGAAUUGUGCUCAAGACAGAGAGACUGGUUUGUGUAGCCCAAAAAGUAGAAACUCUAGUCAAGGUCACCUAAACAUAUCUACUAUAAACUCAGAUACCUUCUGCUGUGUGUGUCGAAGCUCAAGCAAUGAUAAAAUCAACUGUUUGUUGGAAUGUUGUCAAUGCCUAAUUCGAGUGCACCAAGCUUGCUAUGGUGUUUCCACAUUACCCAAAAGAAGUCGCUGGUGUUGCAGACCAUGCCGGACCAACUCCAAAAAUAUUGCAUGUGUCCUAUGUGGAUAUGGAGGUGGGGCUAUGACUCGAGCAGCAACGAGUCAUGCGAUUGUCAAGAGCCUCCUAAAAGUGUGGAAUGGUGAGAAAGAUGGCAUGCCUAAGCAUACAACUUCAUGUGAAUUUUUUGGAAAGGAAAUAUAUGCAUUCCCAUCCUCAAAGGCUGGUCAAGAAAGGGUUUUAAAGACAAAAAUCCGUGAUACAUCAACAGAUCUGGUGAAAGUUCAAAUAUCUACAAAUCAUAUGCAGCAUACCCUCACUAGUCUUUCUAAUUUUAAGGUACACAACAGCAUUACUGCAGGAGUUCUUGAUCCAACUGUUAAACAAUGGAUUCAUAUGGUUUGUGGUCUUUGGACUCCUGGAACAAGAUGCCCGAAUGUUGACACCAUGAGUGCUUUUGAUGUAUCUGGUGUUUCGCGUCCCAGGGCAGAUGUGGUUUGUUCCAUUUGCAAUCGAUUCGGUGGUUCUUGUAUAGAGUGCAGGGUGGCUGAUUGCUCUGUCAAGUUUCAUCCUUGGUGUGCUCAUCAAAAGAACCUGUUGCAAAGUGAGACUGAAGGUAUUGAUGAUGAAAAGAUUGGAUUUUAUGGAAGAUGCAUGCUUCAUGCUAUUGAACCUAGAUAUCUGUCCAUGUACGAUCCUAUUGAUGAAAUGGGAAAUCAAGAAGAAAAGGAAUUCACCUGUGCCAGGGUAGAGGGUUACAAGGGAAGAAGAUGGGAUGGUUUUCAGGAUAAUCACUGCCAAGUUGGAUGCCUUGUUCCUGAGGAGCAGCUUAAUGCUUGGAUUCACAUCAACGGGCAGAAAUUAUGUUCUCAAGGACUCAUAAAAUUCCCCGAUUUGGAUAUGGAGCAUGAUUGUCGAAAGGAAUACGCACGGUACAAACAAGCAAGGGGAUGGAAACACCUUGUUGUGUACAAAUCCCGUAUACACGGACUUGGUCUUUACACUUCUCGAUUCAUUUCCCGGGGUGAAGUGGUGGUUGAAUAUGUUGGUGAAAUUGUGGGAUUGCGUGUGGCUGAUAAAAGGGAGAAGGAUUAUCAAUCUGGAAAGAAACUUCAGUACAAGAGUGCCUGCUACUUCUUCAGGAUAGACAAAGAGCAUAUUAUUGAUGCCACAAGGAAAGGGGGGAUUGCUCGGUUUGUUAACCACUCGUGCCUGCCAAAUUGCGUGGCAAAAGUGAUUACUGUAAGGCAUGAAAAGAAGGUUGUCUUCUUUGCUGAGAGGGAUAUAUUUCCUGGUGAAGAGAUUACGUAUGAUUACCACUUUAACCACGAGGACGAAGGAAAGAUUCCAUGCUACUGCAAUUCAAAAAAUUGCAGGCGCUAUAUGAACUGACGAAUUGCAAUUGUGGGCCACAUGGCAGCAUCAUGGCGCCUGAAAAUGCAAGUCGCUGCAAUGUAACCAAGGUGCCAUGUAGUUUGUAUAUGACUGGCAACAGUUUGCUAGGAGAUCUAUACGUGGAGCUGAGUUUUGCUCCUUAAUUUUUUGUAAAUAAGCUUUCUGUCGGUGAUCUUAAUUUUUUUAUCUUAAAUUAGUUCUUCUCACCUUCAAUUAUUAGACGCCUUCAGAUUAAUGAAAUUAUGGUGAAGAAAGUUUUCAUG